AAAAAAUAUUGUUCCUGUUGCACAGUCUCAACUGACUUUUGUGAAGCCUUUAAAAACAGAUAUUCCUAGACAUCCAAUGCCUUUUGCAGCAAAGAAUAUGUUUUACGAUGAGCAAUGGAAAGAAAAACAACAACGAGGUUUUACAUGGUGGUUGAAUUUUGUACUUACUCCUGAUGAUUUUACUCUGAAAACAGACAUUUCACAAGUUAAUGCAGCAUGUCUCAUCCUGGGAACAGAGACUUAUAAAACCAGUGUUCCUAAAGCACCAACAAAAGAAGAAGCAUCAUUAAGAGCAUAUACAACUCGAUGCAAAUUAAACAGACUUCGUAGGUCAGCUUGCCGCUUGUUUACCUGUGAUGAAAUGGUGAAAGCAAUAAAAAGGCUGGAGAUUGAAAUUGAAGCAAAACGUUUGCUAGUUCGAAAAGACAGACAUCUGUGGAAAGAUAUUGGAGAACGACAGAAAAUCCUCAACUGGCUUUUAUGUUACAAUCCACUGUGGUUGCGCAUAGGUCUGGAAACAAUCUUUGGUGAACUGAUUGCUUUGGAAAGUAACAGUGAUGUGAUGGGUUUGGCAGUGUUUAUACUAAAUCGCUUGUUGUGGAACCCAGAUAUAGCAGCUGAAUACCGACACCCAACUGUGCCUCACUUUUAUCGAGAUGGUCAUGAAGAAGCAUUGUCCAAAUUUACACUAAAAAAACUACUACUACUGGUUUGCUUCCUUGAUCGUGCCAAAGUGUCUCGAAUUAUUGAACAUGACCCUUGCUUAUUCUUCAAAAAUGCAGACUUUAAGUCUAGUAAAGAAAUAUUACUAGCAUUUUCCCGGGACUUUUUAAGUGGAGAAGGUGAUCUUUCACGUCAUCUUGGCUUCUUGGGUUUCCCUGUUAAUCACAUACAGACUCCAUUGGAUGAAUUUGAUUUUGCUGUUACAAAUUUAGCUACAGACUUACAAUGUGGCAUUCGUCUUGUGAGAACUUUAGAAUUGCUGACAUCAGAUUGGACUCUUUCCAAAAAGUUAAGAGUGCCCGCAAUCAGCAGACUUCAGAAGAUGUAUAAUGUUAAGCUUGCUUUUGAGAUAUUGAAUAAUCAUGGAAUUCAGUUGAAAGAUGAAAAUGGUUCAACCAUUGACACAAAGGAUAUUGUAGAUCGACAUAGAGAGAAAACAUUUGCUUUGUUAUGGAAAAUAGUGUUUGCUUUUCAGGUGAACAUUUCUCUUGACAUGGAUCAGUUAAAAGCAGAAAUUGCUUUCUUAAAAAACAUGCAAGUUACAAAAUUAAAAAGACAUGAUGUGGAAUGUGUUAACAGCAUGGGAAAUGACACCAGUAGGUCUUAUUCAUAUGAAAGCUAUGGUGAAAAUGUAAAACUGCUGAUGGACUGGGUGAAUGUUGUCUGUGGAUUUUACAAUAUUAAGGUGGAAAAUUUCACAGUGUCUUUUUCAGAUGGAAGAGUAUUAUGUUAUUUGAUUCAUCAUUAUCACCCAUGUUAUGUGCCUUUGGAAGCUGUAUGUAAACUCACUACUCAAACAAUAGAAUGUACCAGAAGUGGCACUCUUGGGAUGAAUUCCUCUUCUGAGUCUGAUGCUUCUCUAAAUCUCAUAAAUGGAACUUUUGAUCAAAGUAAUACUUCUGUGCUUUAUAAAGAACUCCUUGAUAAUGAAAAGAAAAAUUUUCAACUGAUCAAUGCUGCAAUUUCUGAUCUGGGAGGUGUUCCAGCUAUGAUUCAGCAUUCAGACAUGUCAAAUACAAUACCUGACGAGAAGGUAGUCAUUAUUUAUGUGUCAUUUCUAUGUUCAAGACUUAUAAGCCUUUCUAAAGAGAUUCGAGCAGCUCAGUUGAUUCAAUCUGCUUGGAGAAAAUACAGAUUGAAAAUACUUACUGAGGUAUUCAGAAAGAGGAUUGUUUAUAUUAUUAUUUUUUUCCAGACCAAGAAGCAAAAAAUUAAUGCUGUAGUUGUACUUCAAAAGCACUGGAGAAGAUAUUUGGCUGUACUGGAACUUCAGAAAUUAAAAAAGGCAAAGCAAGAAGAAACUGGAAGAAUUGCAAUCCAGAGAUGGCAAGAGGCUGUAAUUGUCCUUCAGGCUUGGUACAGAAUGAAGAGAGAGAGAAAGCGGUUUUUAAAAAUGUCCGGAGCUGCAUCUGUCAUUCAAACAUACUAUCGUGCACAUAGAGAACAGACCUUUCAGAGACAGAAGUUUUUGCAAAUCAAAAAGGCAACUUUGCGUUUGCAAGCAAGCUACAGGGGCUUUAAAGUACGACGAAUGCUAAGACACCAACACACGGCUGCUACUAAAAUCCAGGCUACGUACAGGGCUUAUGCUGCCAGAAUGAAAUAUCAAAGUUUGAUUCAAGCUUCCAUUGUGAUCCAGAAAUGGUACAGGACUUCUAAAAGUGGAUCCAAAAUAAGAAAAAGAUAUCAGAAGACAAAAGCAGCUGUGAUUUCCUUACAGGCAGUUUUGCGUGGUUGGCAAGUGAGAAAAUGGCUUCAGAGGCAGCGUGCUGCUGCAAUUACUAUUCAAUCUGCUUACAGAAAGCAUAAAGCUAUGAAAAAAUUCAGGAUGGUGAGACAUGCUGCUCUUACUAUACAGCAGCAUUAUCGGGCUCACAUCUCAAGUAAAAAACAGCAACAGGAAUAUAUUAUUCUUUACAAUAGCAUUGUAUUAUUCCAGGCAACUUGGAGAGGAAUUAUUGUGAGGAGGCAAAUAGAAAGACAGCAUCAGGCUGCAGUGACUAUUCAGUCCUAUUAUAGGAUGCAUGUGAUUCAAGCUAAGUUUAAACACUUCAUAGAAGCUACAGUUACAAUUCAGAGAUGGUAUCGUGCUGUUAUUCAAGCCCGUAAUACACGACAAAAAUACCUUGCUUUAAAGGAAGCUACUGUUAAAAUGCAGGCAAUUUACCGAGGUUUGAGAGAAAGGCGAAAAAUCCAGCGCUUGAACCAAGCAGCUAUUUGUAUCCAAUCCAUGUUUAAAAUGCAUCAAUCACGUAAAAAUUACCGUGCCUUAAAGGCGGCUGCUAUAUCUCUUCAGAGAAGGUAUCGAGCAACAGUACUCUCAAAACAGCAACGUGAGAAGUUCCUUAAUUUAUGUAGAGCAGUGAUUGUAAUACAGUCUACCAUCAGAGGCCUGCUUGUUAGGAGAUAUGUAAAGCAAAUGCAUCUAGCUGCUACAGCUAUCCAGGCAACCUUUCGAAUGCACAUAACCUAUACUCGAUACAGAACAAUAAAGUCUGCUUGUGUUGUAAUACAACAUCAUUAUAGAGCAUACCAAACAGCUAAGCAAAUCAGAGAUUUGUAUUUAAAACAGUGCCACUCUGCUUUAAUUCUUCAGGCGGCUUACAGAGGAAUGAAAGUUAGGCAUAUGUUAAAGAAAAAACAUGAAGCUGCAGUAGUCCUACAAAGUAACUAUAGAAAACACAGGCAAUGGAAAUCCUACAAAAAUAUUCAGUGGGCAGUCAGACUCGUACAGGCAAGAGUCAGAGCCAACCAAGAGAGCAAAGCGGCAGUCCAGCAGUAUUGCUCCAUUAAGAAAGCUACCAUCUGCAUUCAGAAAGCUUUUCGAAGGAUGAAGGCAAGAAACCAAAGAAGACAGGAAGCUGCUGUCUUGCUUCAGCGGAAUUUUAAAAUGCAAAGAGCACGUAAAAAUUACCUUGCCUUAAAAGCGGCUGCUAUAUCUUUUCAAAGAAAGUACAGGGCAUUGGUUGUGAUGAGAAGACAAACUAAAGAAUAUGCUUCUGUUCGUAAAAAAAUUAUUUGCGUGCAGUCUUUCUAUAGAGGCUUUAAAAUACGGAAAGAAGUCAAACGCCAGCAUUUAGCAGCAACAGUGAUUCAGGCAACAUUUAGAAUGUAUAAAGUUAAAUUAGCUUACCAGAAACUGAGAUAUGCUACUAUUACCAUGCAGAAGUACUAUCGAUCACAUCUACAGGAAAAAUAUCAAAAUACACAUCAGGCUAUUCAGAAAUCUAUAAGAAGUCAGGUCACUUGCAGAGAAACAAAAAUACAGCCAGAAUUGGACAUCAUGAAUAUUUCAGCAACUAUCACCCAAUCUCUUUAUUGGAUGUAUGUACAGCAAAAGCAUUCCAAAUUGAUAUGGUGGGCUGUGGUAACUAUUCAGUCUGCCUUUCGUGGAAUGGUAGCACGCAAGAAAACAAAGAAAAUGCGUGCAGCAAGAAACAGACAGUUGUGUCAUAUAGCUGUGAAUGAUAGAACUGGAGCUAUUGAAUCAAAGAGUGAGUGCCAUACAAAUAAAGCUGGAGAACAAUACCAGAAAUAUUGGAAAGCUGCAGUUUUAAUACAAGAACAUUACCGAUCUUACCUGACUAUGAAACAUCAUUCAACGGUUUAUUUGCAAACAUGUAAGAGAAUAAUUCUUUUGCAAGCUACAGUGAGAGGUUUCAUUGAACGACAGAGAUUUUCGAGAAUGAAAAAAAGUACGAUAAAAAUACAGAGAUGGUAUCGAGGAAACUGGCAGAGGAGGAAAUACCUGCAAUAUCGUAAGAAAAUUAUUAUAAUACAAAGAAUGGUGAGAAGAUGGAUUAGCCACAGAAAUAUAAAUACAGGUGGAAUUCCAAAAGAUAUAAACCCCGAAAAUGUUAACACUGGAGUAACUAAAUUUCAGGCACUGUGGAGAGGAUAUUCUUGGAGGAAGAAGACUGAUACUCCAGAAACCAGAUCUCUACGAGACAGUUUGAUCAUUGCCAAUAAAGAAAGCAAAGAAGAGAAGAAGCUAUAUAAUAGAACUGCAGUUGCCAUUGAUUAUCUUCUUAAAUAUAAACAUUUUUCUUAUAUUCUGGCAGCUCUGAAGGAUCUGGAGGUUGUUACAAGAUUGUCUCCUGUUUGCUGUGAAAAUAUGGCCCAAAGUAAAGCAGUCUGCACUAUUUUUACAUUGAUACGGAGCUGCAAUAGAAGUGUCCCUAGUAUGGAUGUUAUUAAAUAUUCUGUCCAAGUCUUGCUUAAUUUAUCAAAGUAUGAAAGGACUACUGAUGCUGUUUAUUCAGUGGAAAAUUCAGUAGAAACACUGUUGGAUUUACUUCAGAUGUACAGGGAAAAAGCUGGGGACAAAACUUCAGAAAAAAGUGGUAGCAUUUUUACCAAGACAUGCUGCUUAUUUGCUCAUCUCUCAAAGGACUCAAGAAGAGCUUCUGAGAUUCGAAACAAUCAUAAAACAGUUGCUAGCCUUCGGAGAUUGUUUAGACUUACAGCCCGGAAACAUCAAAUGGAUGUUCAAAGAAAGCUUGCCAAACAAAAAAAAGUUGCAUACAUAAAUGGACAGAGUUCCAUUCCUGUAAAAACAAAAAUAGUUUCAAGGCAGAGGCCAGAUUGGGAUUUAAAGAAAGAUAAUAUAAGAGAGAUUGUUGAUCCAUUGCAAGCCAUUGAGAUGGUAGUGAACACACUUGGAAUUUCCUGCAAUUAAAGCAUGAAAGAGUUUAUAAUUUUGACAGUUUCAAAAAGAAAUGGACUGGACUUGUGUAUCGAUGUACAUAUUAUGCAUUUGUUUUAUAAAGGUUGUUUACCUGUGUUUGAACACAUCUGUCAAUCAAACUAAACUUCUUAUUGAUAUUUAUCUAUUGAAUUAAUAAAAUCUCAAGCAUUACUUUUAUAAGAAAAGUAUAUACUGUG